AACCAAAAUGGCAGCCUACACGAUUUUAGUUCGAAGGAUACCUUUAUUAUUGUUGUUUUACUUCUCUCUUGCUGAAGACUUCAAUCCACUAGAUUAUUUGCGACGUGAACACACCUUAACAAAACCGUAUCAAGGUUCUGGUCUAUCUGUUCCACUAUGGGAUUUUGUAGGAAACACUUUGGUGACAAAUUCACAUAUUCGUCUGACUUCAGAUCAUCAAAGUAUCAAAGGAGCUAUUUGGAAUAAUGUGCCUUGUAUUGUUAGGAACUGGGAAUUACAUGUUAAUUUUAAAGUUCAUGGCUCAGGAAAAACUUUAUUUGGAGAUGGUUUUGCUAUAUGGUAUACUAAAGAUAGAAUGCAAAUGGGAAAUGUUUUUGGUAACUCAGAUCAAUUUGUUGGUUUGGCCAUAUUUCUAGAUACUUAUAGUAACCAUAAUGGUCCUCAUAAUCAUCAACAUCCAUAUAUAUCAGCAAUGGUGAAUAAUGGGUCCUUAGCUUAUGAUCAUGAUGAUGAUGGAACACAUACUCAAUUAGCAGGAUGUGAAGCUCAGUUUAGAAAUAAAAACUAUGAUACACAUGUUGCAGUAAGAUAUCACAAUACAGAAUUAAAGGUAUCAAUGGAUAUAGAUAAUAAAAAUGAAUGGAAAGAAUGUUUUACAGUAAAAGGUGUUUUAUUACCAGUUGGUUAUUAUUUUGGUGUUUCUGCAGCUACAGGAGAGUUAGCAGAUAAUCAUGAUAUUAUAUCGGUCAAAUUUUAUGAAUUAGAUACGGAUGAUACAAAUGAUACGCCACCAUAUACUGGAUUACCAGAAGCAAAAUAUAUGGAGGAACCUAGAGAUCGUGUGGAUGAAAAUAAAGGCUCAUAUUUAUUAGGAAAUUUAUCAGGAAUAAAAUUAUUUUUUGUUAUUAUUUUAAUUAUUAUUGGAGUUUGUGUGUGUGGUGUUGUAGGAUUUGUGGUAUUUCAAAAAAGACAAGAAAAUUCUAGAAAACGGUUUUACUAAAUUAUAUGUUUGGUUUAUUUAAAAAAAAACAGCAUCAAUGAUCUAUUCUUUUCUCUUUCAAAUAUAUAUAGCAAUGAAUUUAUACAUGGAAAGAAAAUAAAUUGGCUAUCUUUCAUUUAGACCUGUCUAUUUAUUUAAAUUAACAUCUAGAAAAAUAAACCAUAUUGUUUGAUAAGUCUAUGCUAUUUAUUUGAUGAAAAAAGGUUGUUUAUAAACUAAGCACAUGUUAUUCUAGAACUGGGCAAUAUACUGUUUUGGUAAUUUGACAUGAUAUAUGUUUAGAUAUAUCAACCAAAAAUUGAAAUGAUGAUAAUACAGUAUAAAUUUCCCAAAUAAAAUUAUGAUUUUAAUGAACUUAAUCUGGAAACUACAUACAAUCAACAUAUUAAGUCGAAACCAGUGAGUUCACUCCUUUGUUAUGCAGAAUUAUUGAAAAUUAUUAAUAUGAUACAGACUCAUUAUUUUACUACAACAUAAAUUUUAAAUCUAACUGUUUAAAUUUUAAAUCUAACUGUUUGUUAAACUCAUUUGUGCCUCCCAAUUCAUCCUUAUCCUAUGGUACAUCAAAGCAUUUUGCCUUAGAUAACUUAAAUGAGGUGAAACAGAGGUUUAACCAAUAAUAUUAAAUAAUUAGAUUAAUGUAUGGUGAAAAAGUGAUGAUAUAAUUGGCUUAUUUUGGAAUGAGAGUUUUAUUGCAUGAUUUGCUAUUAGCAGGGAUUAGAUGUGUCUUCCAGGGUUUAUGUUUGGGUUCCUUUCUGGGUUUAUCUGUAAUUGUUAAACUUUAAUAUGUGAAUGAAUGAAUAAAUUUCUGAAACAUGUUGACUGCAUAUUGAAAUACAGUCCACACAUUUCAAUUGCUCAAGAAAUAAUAUCUAGCAUAUAAAUCAAAUUGUGCUUUCUUUGUGAUUUACUUCAGUAUCAAUUACAUAUACAUGUAUAUAUAGAGUUAUAGGGCAGGUCCUUGUUACAUUAUUAGAUAAUCUUUACCACAGAAUGAAAUCCCUUUAUACCCACAGCUAUCUCGUUAUAUAGGGCUGGGUGAUAGACUGGUAUCAUGAUAAAUACUGCUAUAGGAAUUUAUAUUCAUAGUUAUCAUGUUACACCAUCAAAGCCCUGGUCAGAUUAGAUCAUCUAUACAAUUUUAAUCACUUGAUAUUUGAAACAUGUUUUUUCAUGCUAUUAAGAUUGAGUUGUGAUUGACGCAAAGAAGUAACAUUUUGUUUCAAUACGCAGUAAAACCCAUAAGAAAUAAUGUGAUAUAUACACAUCUGGGGAUAUUUCAAUGAUAGAUAUUAUGAUAUCCACUUGAACCAAUAACGCCCAGCCCUGCUGUUAUAUAAUUGAUGUUUCUGAAAUUAUUGAUUUUAGUGUGAAUAAUAGGUAAAUUUGAAUUGUUCAUCUCUUGUUUUUGUGUAUUGUGUAUAUUUUGAAGAAUGAAAUUUUGUUAUCUGUCA